AACAUCGUUGAUUAAACAUUUUAAUCAAUCAAUAGUAUAGUAUUCUAGUGCUUAGUUAAAUGGUAUCAAACCUUAAGGUUACUCUGCAACAAUGGCGUCCCCUCUAUUCCCACUUCUCUUUCCUACCUUCUCUCUCUCUCAGCUCCACCUCCCUAAGGGGCAGAUUUCUUGCUGAUUCAUUUGCAGCUAAUUCAACAUUAUCCCGUGAAUCUUUAUUUGGGGUUUCUCAUCCCCCAUCAUUCUAUUUCCAAGCAAGAUCAUAUGCCCGAGGUGAUAGAAAGCAGUAUGAUCUUUUUGGUCAAGGACCACCAGGGAGUAAAGAAUUUAGGAAGGCAUGGACAAGGCAACUAGACGAAGAGGACUGUGUAUGGACAGCGAGUGAAGAUGAGAGCGAUUCUGAGAAGAAAUCAAGCCCUCUUGAGAAAGAAAUUAGGAAAGUGAAGCAGAAAGCGAAAGAGCACUCUGAUCGUAUAGAUGCUGAUGACAGUGACGAGCUUUGGAGUGUAUGGUCAGGCAGUGAUGAGGAGAAAACAUUAUGGACAGGCAGUGAAGAAGAUGAUGACGAUGAUAUUCCUACAGAACCUUAUCCAAAUGAGAAGAGUGAUGAGUAUAUAGAUAAGUUAUUUGAGUUUGAAGAGACGCCUAAGUAUAGAACUCUCUCAGAGCUAUUGAAAGCUGAAGAUGAACCAGAAGAGUUGUCCCCUGGAAAGAAAGCACGAAAACUUGCAGUUGAGAAUGCCCUAAAGAAGUUGAAAAAAGGGCCAGAUGGAAGGUACACUAAUGUUUGGGAAGUGAUGAGUGACAUAGAUAUUCUCAUUGGUGCAUUUGAAAACAUCGUUUCCGGGCCAGAGUAUGCUGAACUUAGGCAGGGAGGUCCAAAGCAACUGAACAUGCAAUUUUUCAAGGACAUUCAAGCAAAAAUGAGGGAUCCCAACUAUAAGUUCACUCCAGAACUAAAGUUAAAGCCAAAGAGCAAACUAGUCCGAAGGAAAAAGUGGCAAAAGGCACAAUCUAGAAGGCGGAAAGAUCAAAAGCGGUAAAUGUCUCCGUUUAGUAUUCAACUUUUCUUGAUUAUGCUUGUAGGCUUGUAGGUUACUUUUGUCUCCCUACAUAGUCAUACAUGUGAACAUGCUAAUGAUCAAUUUUGUAAAGAUAUAUAUAUUUGUGUGUAGUGUGUAGACUGUGUACUGCUGUUCAGCCGUGCCACAACUAAUUUAAUGUGAAGUGAGCCUUACUGUACUUAAUUUGGUAUCUGAAAGCUUUUUAGAACUUCUGAUUUCUGUUUUAUGAACACUUCAAAUGAAAGUAAUUUACAAAAUGACUAGAUUAAGUUUCUGAAA